AUGGAUGGUUUUAUGAAAGAAAGCCUAUUAAAAUGGAUUUCACUAAUAACUGAGAGGAAUGUUAGCCUUGUGGAUGGCGAAAUCCUCAACAAUCUAAUAGACCUUUCGGGUGCUUUUCCAGCAGUUGCUACCUCAGAAUGUCUCAAGGAUCGGAUCGGUUUGUUUUUGGAUGCAACUUUUCAUCCUGGAGUUUCUAAUCUGUUUGACAUCGAAGGUGUGAUUUCUGGAAAGGCUAACGAUGUGGAAUUGUUUGGGUUAUGCCUGACCGUUUUAUUGGGAUGUCUUCAAUGUCCCUCCAAACAGUCAUUCAUGGAUCCUGCUUUGGAUUUGAGUUUGGAUAUGCAAACUGCCAUAUUUCAUUUGAUUCAAGUGCCUAUGACCCAGUUAUCCCUCCAUCAUGAGUUCACUCGGGAUAUGGUCACAAGCAGAAUUCUUGAUUCAUCACAUCUUAUCUACACUGAUAACUUGCCACCUCGUCAUCAAACCAUUACUUGUAAAAUAGAAGAAGAAAUCUCAGAACCAUCAUCUAAGCCACUAUCUUCAACAGACAUGUGUAACGGACAAAAAGUGAUUUGUACUGACAAUAGAAAUUAUGGUCUUUCGGUGAACACAUUCGGAUUUGAAUUCACUCGCCCUAAUUCGCCUACAGAAUAUGCUAAUGGACAUACAAACAAACUAAAAAAUGGUCUUGAUCACAGACCCAAUAAUCUUUCAUUGUGUAACACUCCUGAUCGAAGUCUGUGUAUUGCAUCCAGAUUGAAUUUAACUGAUAAUUCGGAACAUAACACGAAUCAUACUCAUCAUGCACCUCCACCUCUAGCCUCGCCUCUCACAUCCCUAAAGUGUCUCCUAGAUUCUCCAUCAUUGACACACAAGACACAAUUUCGAGAAUCAGAACGUGAAAAGCGUCGUUUAGCAGUGGAACUUGAAAAGGAACGAGCUUGUAGAGAUGAGGCGGAGAGUUUAGUUUCUGGAUUACGAAAACAGCUUGAAGAAGCCGCUGUUCGAGCAACUGAAUCAGAAUCACGGGCUCUCCGUUUAUCUCGUGAACUAACAGCCCUUCAUGAUCAGGGAGAUGAAUUGGCACACUGUCGUAAUGAAUUGGCUUUGCGAGAGGAAGAAAUCAAGAAUUUGAAACUACGCGUUAUGGGCUUUCAAGACUUAAUGGCUCAUACACGAAAGUUGGAAAUGGAAAAAAUUGAUUUACAGCAAGAAUGUGAAGAUCUUCGUCUAAAAGUAGAUCAACAGCUUUCUCAAUUAAAAGAGUUCAAGGAAAGACGUAUUAAGUGUAGUGAAAUUGAAGAACUCAAGUCAAAAUUACGUGAUGUUGAGGCUCAAUUGUUACAACAGCUACGUGAACGUGAAUUGAUCGAAAAGGAUAUAAGACAACAACAUGAAAUGUCAACACAGCUUAAAUUGCAAUAUUCCAUAAAAAAGCUUCAACCCAAUAAUACAUCAUUAGAUAUUCAUCAAUCUAAGUGUAAUAUAGAAGAAAUUGAAUGUAGUGAACAAGGAAAUAAAGUUGUUGAUCCACAACCCAUUUUAAAUAAUUCAUGUCAAGAUUUAUCUAUUUUGAAAUCUGGUGAAAAUUUGGGAACAGUAUUAGAGGAUGAUUUGAAAUCUGCUCGUUUGUUUAUAUCGAAACUACAAUCACAAUUCGAUGAAGAACUUGGUUCAGCUAGACAACUGCUUGAGGAAAAAACUAAGCGUUUGUAUGAGCUUGAACAAAUGAUCAGUAAUAGGCUAUCAAUAACUGAGACUACUGAUGUCACUACUCAAACUGAAAUGUCUUGUACAACAAGAACGACAACAACUAGUCCUAAUGAAUUGUUAUCGCCGGAAUUAUUGCCCACCUUAACGGCUGAUGCGUAUAGUGCUGCGGCAGCAGCAGAUCGAAGAGGUCUUUCGAACGAAUUAGUUCGUUUACAUGAAGAAAUAGCUCAAUCAAAAAGUUAUGCUUGUGAAUUGGAACAACGGUUAACUGAAAUGGAAGGUGAAUUACACAGUACAAAAGAUAAAUUAAUCUAUCAAACUACUUUAAGUAACAGAAAUCAAGAAAAUUGGAUUAUGAUAGAACAAGAAUAUCGUGAAUUACAGCGUCAACAUAGAAUAUUACAAAAUAAUUUAUUAUUAAGUGAAGAAGAACGUUCUCGUGGUGGUGAAAUAAUGAUUGCAGAAAAUAAUGCUGAAUUUGAAGCAGCACGUAUGAAUUAUGAGAAAGAAAUUGGUUUAUUGAAUCAACAAUUAUUAGAGACAACAUUUGAAUGUCGUCGUCUAGAAGCAGAACGUGCUCGUGUAGCUGAACGUAAUUCUGAUUUACAACGUGAAUUGGAAACGACUAGAAUUUUGGUAGAUUCAUUAAAACAAAAUUCUGAAUGCAAACCAGUUGAAUAUUCAAAUCAUAUUAGAAAAAGUGCACCAAUUAUUUUAUCAAAUGUACAUUUACCCUCUUCAAUGCCCAAUGAUAAUAAUAACAACAAUAAUGGUAUUUGUAAUAGUAAUGGCUUGUAUUCAAAGGGAUAUAAAGUCAAUCAAAGAUGUCUUAGCGAUUCACUUGAAGAUUGGGAGGAUAGCGAUCAUGAUCACAUUGAUGUUAAUUUUUCACCAUCACAUCAAAUUCGAUCAUCAAUAUAUCCACAUGAAGUUAAGAGUAAAUUAAAUCAUCACUAUCAUCGUGAUUAUUCAUGCAUUGUAAAUAGUCGCUUAAACGAUGAAUCCCGUAAACCAGAAUAUAAUUAUUCUAAUAAUGAAGAGUCAAAAUAUUUAAAGAGUAAAAAACGUCAUUCAAAAUUACGUACAGAUUCAAAACAAUUAGAUCGAUUGGCUUCUAAAACACAAGAAUUGGAAGAGUUUGCCAUUCGAUUACGUGAACAAUUUAAUCAGAUCUUAUCAGAGGAAGAGCAGAAUUCUGAACAUCAAUCCUCCACACAAGUUAAUUCUUCAUCUGUAGGCGUAUAUCCCUAUUUGAUGGAUGUUCAUAACAAUCAACAUGCUAUGAAAAAUACUCCUUUAAUAAUACCAAAGAAUCAAUGUCAGUUAAAUGGUUUUAAUUACGAGCUUGUUGAUGAAGAUGGUGAUGAUGUUGAACAAAGGGAGCAAGAUACUGAUGCUGAUUCUUCAGCUUACACAGAUUUAAGUCAAGUUUCUCCGGUGUCUCAACCUGCUGAUUCAGGAUGCCAGAAUACUAAGCUAACAACAAAUAAUUUGCAAACUAACACAUCACAUAAUGGUCAAUCGAUGCUUCAACAUCAUUCACAAUCUGUUGGGUUUAUGCCAUCAAUCUCGAAGAAUUUAAGGAGUAGUUCCCCCUUGUCUUCUGCAUUUCAGUUCAAUGGUUCCGGUUCUAGACUUUCUGAUCCAAUACCAUCUUCUUGGAGUUUCGAUCCUAAUCGAUUAAAAGAAUUACAUCUACGUAAUCGAUUACAACCUUCACAUUUACGAUCAAGUUAUCCAGUUGAAACUCAGGUGAUCAAUUCAAAUGAUAUAGUUGGCACUUUGAGCCAAAUGACUACUGACAACGUUAAUCAAUCACCUAAUCGAAUCAGAGCAAAUGGUCGAAAAAUGCAUCAUAGUAAUUCUCACAAUAAAGAACCUCCUGUAAGCAAUAUUAGUAGCAAUCCCACUUCUAAAACUGUCCCCUCUUUAUUAUCAAAUGAUUACCAAAAGAAUUUGCAUAUCAAAUCUAGGCACGAUAAUAAUUUUGAACUAGAAUCAACGCCUUCACCAUUAGCUGCUGGUUAUCAACCCCUCCCCAAAGAUAUACAAUCGUUUAGUGAAGCACUUAUCUCUGCAUCUGUGGAUAUUAAAACUAUGGAUUAUGUAUUAACUACACAUCCUAAUCUUAUCAAGUCUGCCAAUACUAAUAACGACAAUAAUAAUAAUAAUAGUAACGGCUGUAAAUCAUCACAAUCCUUGUCUUCCAGUAUCCAGAAUGUAAAUAUCCCAACUUCGGAUAGAAAAUCUGGAUUCUGUAAUAGUAUCCCUGAUACAUUUGCAAAACAUAACAAAAAUCGUACAAAAUAUAACGUACAUGAACUAAAAAUCGACGGUGGUACUAGCGGUGGUUUAUCCUCUGAUAAUGAAAAUAUCAAUCCUCCUAUAUCAAAUAUUGCCUGUCGUAGAUUCACUGAUGCAGAUCUAUUUGUUAAACCAUUGGAUCCUGUUCAUGUUCAUCGUCAUAGAAGUAAAAAAGUCGAUACAUAUUCUACUCCACGUACUAAUGGUAUUUCAUCAACAAGUUCUGUACAAAGUGUUGAUGAUCUUAGUGGUGCCUCAAGUAUUCGAAGUAGUAAGAGUUCAAUCGCUUUUGAAAUUAAAAAUGAUCAAAAAGUGAAUGUACGACGUUUACCAGCUUCAACUUCACAAUCAUCCACUCAAUAUCAUCAUAAUAACAUUAGUGAUAAUGCCAAAUCACGAAAAUUAGGACAAUCAGCUAAGAAAUUAAAUCAUAUCAAUUGUAAAUCUGCAUUUUCUUCAUCUAAAUUCACUACGGCAACAGCAGCAGCAACAACAACAACAAUCAAUCAAUCAAUAAUACAUCAACUCCAUUAA